AUGAGGAAUGAGGGAAAUACGUCCAAAGAGAAGUCAGCUAUAACUCACUGCAGAAUGCACAGAAAAGAAUCUCCCAUGUGUAACGAGUGUGGAAAGGUCUUCACUCACCCAUCCCACCUGAAAGUGCACCAGAAACAGCACACUGCAAAGCAACAUUACGCCUGCAAUGAAUGCGGAAAGGUCUUUAGUUGCAAAGACACACUUGUUCAGCACCAGAAAAUCCACACUGGAGAACGGUCUUUUGAUUGUAGUGAAUGUGGGAAAACCUACAGCCCCAGCUCCCACCUGAUUCACCACCAGAGAAUUCACACGGUAGAAUGGCCUUAUAAAUGUGGUGAGUAUGGGAAGGCCUUCAGCUUCAAAGACACUCUGAUCCAGCACCAGAGAUUCCACACUGGAGAAUGGCCGUACGGGUGCAGUGAGUGUGGCAAGUUCUUUAGCCAUAACUCCAGCCUCAGUAAACAUAAGAGAGUCCACUCAGGGGCCAGGACGUAUGUGUGCAGCAAGUGUAGGAAGGCUUUCAGCUGCAAGGACACCCUUGUUCAGCACCAGAUCAUUCACACUGGAGCAAGACCUUACGAGUGCAGUGAGUGUGGGAAGGCCUUCAGCCGGAGACACACUGGAGAACGAACUUAUGAGUGUGGUGAGUGUGGGAAAUUCUUUAGCCACAGCUCCAACCUUAUUGUACUCCAGAGAAUUCAAACAGGAGCAAAACCUUAUAAAUGUGGUGAGUGUGGAAAGUGCUUUAGCCACAACUCCAGCCUCAUUCUACACCAGGGAGUCCACACGGGAGCAAGACCAUAUGUGUGCAGUGAGUGUGGAAAAGCCUACAUCAGCAGCUCCCACCUUGUUCAGCACAAGAAAGUUCAAGGAGCAAGACCUUAUGAAUGCAGUGAAUGUGUCAAGAUUUUUAGGUGCAAUUCAAGUCUCAUAUUACACCAGAGGGUUCACACUGGAGAAAAAUCUUAUGUGUGUAGUGAGUGUGGGAAAGCCUAUGGCAGAAGCUCCCAUCUUGUUCGACACCAGAAAGUCCACGGGGGGAACGGUCUCUGAAAGCCAUUUUGUUGGCAGUUUAACUGUCAUCUUCCCCUCAAGAAAUGUCAGAAGGAGGCAGGAAAUGUGCUGAUUUCUUGUUCAGCCUGCUGG